AUGGCUAAGACUGAUUCAUGGGUGAGAGGAAAGUGUAUUGGUAAGGGCGCGUUUGGCGUUGUGAAUAUAGCUUAUUCAAAACGCGAUUCUACAGUUUUCGCUGUGAAGUCUGUUGAUACUAAAACAGCGCUUCCGAAUCAGUUACAAGCGUUGGAGAAUGAGAUUGAGAUAUUGAAACGGUUAUCAUCUUCUGGUUCUUCUCGUCACGUGAUAUCUUAUCUCGGCGAUGAUGUCACGUGCGAGGGUGAAGGAACGUCGUCGUUUAAGAAUCUUCAUUUAGAGUACAUGCCAGGUGGCACCGUCGCUGACUUGGGUCGUGCUGACGUGGAUGAACGGUUAGUUAGAACUUUCGCGUGGUGUUUGGUUCACGCGCUGAGGGAUGUUCACGCGCGUGGAGUUGUUCACUGCGAUGUUAAGGGGAAGAAUGUUCUCGUUGCCGGUUCCGUUGCUAAGCUCGCUGAUUUCGGAUCGGCGAUGGAGUUUUCAUGUGGAGAAUGUUUUUCGCCGCGUGGAAGUCCGUUGUGGAUGGCACCGGAGGUGAUUCGGAGGGAGUAUCAAGGACCGGAAUCUGACGUGUGGUCGCUUGGAUGUACCGUGAUUGAGAUUUUCUCCGGGAAAUCACCGUGGGAGGAUCGGGGUUCCGAUACACUGAGUCGAAUUGGAUUUUCCGAUGAACUUCCGGAGUUUCCUGACGGUUUCUCGGAGCUCGGGAGAGAUUUUCUCGAGAAGUGUUUGAGGAGAGAUCGGAGCCGGAGAUGGAGUUGUGAUCAGCUGCUACAUCACCCAUUUUUGUUAUCAUGCGAUAGUGUGGUGGAAUCGUCGCCUCGGUGUGUUUUGGAUUGGGUUGACGCGCGAUUCACUGAGUCGGAAAACGAGUUCGAAGAUAUACAGUUGAAUUUUGAUACAAAUUUAGUUAAAAAUAGAAUUAGUAAAUUAGAUUCUGGUUCCAGGGUAAAUUGGGAAACAGAAGAUUGGGUGGUGGUGAGGGCAAUUUCCUCUGAAGAAGAGUCAGCAACUACAGAGAAAGAAGAGUUUGGGGAUGAAGUAUCAGGGACAAUAUCGGAAUUGGAGAAUGUAGUGAGGGUAGUAGAGGAAAUGGAGACUAAUUUGGAAUGUUCAGAUUCUGAUGUAAGGGUAAAACGGGAAAUGUGGAGGUUGUUGUGGUGGCGUGAGUGUUGUAAUCAGUGUGUGUUUCUUUUAAAGUUUAGUAGAAAUAAUUUUGAAACUUUUACUCAAACAAAUUUUGAAGCCUAA